AUGGUUCGCCAACGCGCACCCGCCAAGAGAAUUGUCUACAAGUCUCUCCGCACAUACCUGCCCGAGAUGGGAAUGGAGUAUCCCAAGACCCGAUACCUCCUCAGCCAGCCUCACCGAGACGACCGCGUCGUGGCGGCGCUCAGCAAAGCGCGAUUACUCCCGAGGGGCAAGGCGUACUUUUACUCCACCAGAGUCCUUAACGAAGCUCUGGCGCACAUGUUCUCCGUCGCCCUCCGCCGGGACAUCAAGAAGCACCUGACGCGCGCCGACGGCGGGGUCCUCGAGUACAUCAGCGCGCUGCGCCUGGCGACGCCGUGGGCGCAGGACCUCGCGGAGUCGCAGUUCAUCGAGCUCGUCGAGCGGCUGGUCGCCGCGCGCAUGGUGUAUCGGGAAGAAUGCGAGGAGCCGUCGUCGUCCGCGGCGCUGUCAGCCGCUUUCGACCUGCAUCGCGGCCGCCAGCAGCAGCGUCGCCACUGCCGCACCGCGGCUGCCAUCGAUCGGUUGUAUGCCGAGGUCGGCGGCCUGUGGAGCGUAGCUGAGUUCGAGCUGUACGAGUUUGUGGGAGGGCACGAGGAGGAGGACAACGCUACUGCCACGGCUGCUGCUCCUGCUGCUACGGCUACGGGUACAGGUACAGGUACUGCCGGCGCUGGGAAUGGUACUGCUGCGGCCAACGACAAUGAUAUUGAGAACACGCCGGACACUGCGGACGUCAAGAUGACGGACGCGCAUGUCGCGGCCCAGCUGGACGACGACGACGACGACGACGACGACGUCGCACGGGAGAAUGUGCGAGCGGGCGUGGGCCGCAUGCGUAUCCGCCCUCGCGUGGAUCCGCGGGCUUACUGGUUCCGGAGCGGGGAGGGAGGUCAAUAAGCUCUUGGGUAGUUACGGGGAUAGGAUACACACUGGAUUACUGAGCCUGGAUUACAG